GACACAUUGUUCUUCUCCCACUUCCACAUAUAUGUAUAUUAUAUAUAAAAGGAAAGAAACAGAAACACAGAAAGCUGGUGUGAUUGACUUGUUUAAAGUGGUAUUAGAUUCCUACAGAAAGAUGUUGAUUAAUCAAUCUUAUUUGCACCGCUGCUUUUUCAAAUAUGCUUGCAUUUUCAUUUGCAGGCACUUACUCUCGUGCGGAAAACAAAAUAAUGCUGACAAUUGUUCUUUCACAGCCAAAAGCACUUGAUUUACUUAAUAGGGAAAAAUAGACCAUGCUGGAAUGAAACUCAAGGAUCACGUUCUGAGGUCAUAAGCUGAUGACAUAUAGAAUAUGAAUAUGCAAAUGAGAAAAUAGUAAUGAGAACAAUAAUUUAAAAAUGUGGGAUAUUAGCAUAAAAUGCUGCAAAUGCGAUUUCCUAGAAUUACAUCAUAUUCGAGCUGCUUCCUGGACAUUUAGUAUAUAUUCCCGGAGCAUUUGUGCAUUUUAAUGCAGCUUCACAGGUUUCAGAAACUAGAAACUAGAAACAAGAAGGGAGCUGCAUACCUGCACCGGUUAAAGAGUUUGAUCGGGUUGCUAGGAUGAGCUGCCUUCAAAAAUGGAAGCCAAUUGCUGUGAUGGUUGGCGUUAACUUUGCUAUGGCUGUUGUGAACCUGCUUUUCAAGAAGGUUCUCAAUGGCGGAAUGAAUCAGCAGGUUAUUACCACAUACAGGCUGUCAACAGCGGCAACUUUUUUGGCCCCCGUUGCAUGUUGCAGGGAAAGGAAAAGCAAUAAAAAGUUGACAGCCCUCACCUUCUGCACUCUAUUUUUCAGUGCACUGACAGGGUGUGAACUCUAUCUUCUAAUUCCUUAUUCCGAACCAUCAAUCUAUGUUGAAUAUUCUGAUAGAAGGUGUAUUUUCUGUAGAGGGACUCUCACUCAAUAUCUCUUCCUAAUCGGGCUCAAGUAUACAUCGUCUACGUUCUCUUGUGCUUUCAUCAACAUUGUACCCAUAAACACAUUCAUUUUGGCACUCAUACUUAGAAAGGAGAAAAUUAACAUGAACAGCAAGAGUGGGAAAGCCAAAGUAUUGGGGACAAUAAUUUGUAUUGGUGGGGCUUUGGUAUUAACGCUCUACAAAGGAACUCCAUUGACAAAAACCACUUCGAAAGAUGUUGAGGCAGAGCAUGAUGUAAAGAAUUGGGUUAUCGGCUCAUUGUUUCUAUAUGCAGGAAGCUUGGCAUGGUCUUCGUGGUAUCACAUACAGGAUAGGGUCGGGAGAGAGUAUCCCUAUCAGUAUUCUAGCACAACUAUUAUGUCCUUUCUAGCUGCUAUUCAAUCUGCUAUCCUAUGUUUUAUCAUUGAGAGAAGAACAUCUAUAUGGAAACUGAAAGGAGCAUUAGAGAUCUCGACCAUUUUAUAUACUGGCAUAGUGGGAUCGGGAAUAUGCUUUGUUAUUAUGUCAUGGUGUGUAAAGCAGAAGGGUCCCGUCUUCACCUCAGCGUUUAGUCCCUUCAUUCAGAUUUUUGCCGCUAUCUUGGAUGUAUUCUUACUUCAUGAACAAAUUCACCUGGGAAGCAUUUUAGGAUCCAUUUUGGUUGUUAUUGGCCUAUAUAUUCUUCUGUGGGGCAAAUGCAAGGAAACAGAAGUUUGCAAAAAUGUACAAACAGAAGAAAAGGAUGGCACUAUAUUACCCGUUAUCAUCAGUCCCCCUGGCCCACUUCGUACCUAAAUGUAAUCAGAUUUACCAGAAGAAAAAAUAAAAUUAUUAAUCAGUACAGAGAGUAAUGAUGAAAAGUUUCUCAACUGUAACAGUGACACUGAACGGUGUUUCUUGAUCUGUGUUUCAAAUUUCCAUCCUGUUAGAAGAAUAAAAUCUCUUUAGAUCUUUUUUUUUUU